AGCUCAAUCAGUAAACUCUAACUCUAGGGUUUCAUUCCGUCACUUAAAUUUGUAUUCUCUCUCUUUCUCUGGUUGGGGGUUGGGCGCCAAAUACAUCUAGCAGCAGGGGCGGUAGCCAUGGUUAAAUAUUCGAGGGAGCCCGAAAACCCCACAAAAUCUUGCAAAGCCAGGGGCUCAGAUCUCAGAGUGCAUUUUAAGAAUACAAGAGAGACUGCCCAUGCAAUUCGGAAGUUGCCUUUGGUCAAGGCAAAAAGGUACUUGGAGGAUGUUCUUGGUCACAAACAAGCCAUUCCAUUCACACGCUUCUGUCGUGGAGUUGGGCGUACUGCCCAGGCGAAGAAUCGCCAUUCCAAUGGACAAGGACGCUGGCCUGUCAAAUCAGCAAGAUUUAUUCUUGAUUUACUGAAGAACGCCGAGAGUAAUGCAGACGUGAAAGGUUUGGAUGUGGAUUCGCUAUACAUAUCACACAUCCAGGUUAACCAAGCACAGAAGCAGAGGCGUCGCACAUAUCGUGCCCAUGGAAGAAUUAACCCUUACAUGUCAUCUCCCUGCCAUAUCGAAUUGAUUUUAUCUGAAAAGGAGGAAUCUGUCCAGAAGGAGCCUGAGACUCAGUUGGCUCCUAGGAGGACAAAGAAGAAUCAAGUUUUACGCAGUGGAGCUUCUUCUUGAGUCAAAGUGGUGGACUGAUUAGGAGAGACAAGAAUUUGAUUUUCUUUGUCAUAUCUAGCGUGAACACAUUUUUCUGUUGCUGAUUAAGAAAUUGCUACUAAAAGGUUAUUUCGGGAGAUUCCUAGUAUUUUAUUAUCUUUGUGAGUUCAGAACUUAUGUUGGAACACAAUCAGUUCAUUGUUAAGUAGUUUGUCUGUUUUGCUAUUGGAAAGAGUGGGGGGAAGCUUUAUUAUUUUCUAUGGAAUGUUCAUGGCGUACACAGUCUAGGUCGUUGGAUGUAUUAUUAUGUUUCAUCUUUAGGAUGAUUUACCUAGCACUAUGUGUAACCCUGUUCUGCUUGUUUCGUCUAUAUUUUUCGUAGUAUAUCAAGGCGCACAAACACAGCCAAAUAUUGUGAAUUUGAUUAUGUUAUUAUUGGC